GGGAGAUAUGCAGUAAAUGCAAUGAACAAACACGCCCCCCCGCCGACCCAGACACCUGGGGGAGGAGGGAGAGGACGAGGAGGUUGGCCCGAGGAGGACGGAGCAGGAGGGCCGCCCUCACGCGCGCCGUUGCCUAGCGAGGGCGAAGCGCCGCCGGAGCCCCAGUUGCCACCGCCACCGCCGCCGCCUCCUCCUCCCCGGCUGCGGCGCAAAAUGGCGGCGGGAGGCGCCUCUUCGUCCUCGGCCCGGGUGCCCCUCCGGCGGCCCUCCGCGGGCGCGGAGCAGAAGGCGAGGAGCUGCAGCGCCGCCGCCUUCCUGGCCAAGGAGGAGGAGUACAAGCGUGUAAAUGCAGAAUUAGAAGCCAAGACGGCAGAAUUGGUGCGUCAGGCUGAAGAAGUCAUGAGAGAUCAACAAGAAAUGUUGUCCAGGCCAAUCUCUACACAGGUUGAAUUGUUUGACAAGGAGACCAAACAUCAGAGAGAUCAGUGGUCUCCUGAAUUGCCAACUGCUCCUCUUGCACUUAAUAAGCAACCAAACAAGAAGAAACCUAGCUCUGCGUCUACAUUUCGGACUAGGCCACUAUCUGGAAAGAAGGGGAAAGGAACUCUGUCAAGCACAAAACUAAGACCACAUGACAUUCCAAGUGCUGCAGAUGUUGCAGUCCCAGACUUCUCUCUUGCCAAGACAAUUGGGAAAAUUGAAGGGCAACUAGAAGAAGGAAACUUUCCUGAUCUAGAGGACGAUCUUAUCCCCGGUGCAGGAAGUGAAAUUGGAGCAGAGGCCCAAAUCCGGUUCCUAAAGGCAAAGCUUCGUGUUAUGCAGGAGGAGCUGGAUGCCAUAGGACUAGAAUGCAGUAAGAAGGAUGAAGAGAAUCGGAAUUUAAGCAGCUCCCUAAAAGAAGCUGAAGAAGAGCGUGGGAGGCUGCAGCGAACAGCCAGUGUACAGCAAUCUCAAAUAGAAAAGUAUAAAAUGCUGUCAGAAGAAGCAAACAGUAAAAGUGAAGGACUGCAGCAGAAGUGCUCUGCACUAGAAAAGGAACUGGAGAAUCUGAAGCUAGCCCAAAAACAGGCUUCAGCCAGCCAGAGUACAAUGGAGGUUCGCUUCAACAGAGCUCUUGAAGAAGCAGAGAAAUAUAAAAUGGAACUGAAUAAAGUGAAGCAAAGUAACAAGGAUGUAGUCAACCAGGAACAUAAAAAGCUUGAAGACCUGAAAACUGAGAACAAGAAGUUGGAGAAACAAAAGGGAGAGCUGAUGGCAGGAUUCAAGAAACAAUUAAAGUUAAUUGAUAUAUUAAAGAGACAAAAGAUGCACAUUGAAUCUGCAAAGAUGCUUUCUUUCACUGAAGAAGAGUUUAUGAAAGCCCUGGAAUGGGGAAAUUCUUAAUGUUCAACACUGUACAUGGCAUGGACAGAAACACAAUUAACAUUCAGCACUACGGUGGCUCAAAAUAACAAACAUGUUUCAAAGCAAAUCUACUGAAGUUUUCUCAAACACUGGAAUGUGUUAAUUUUAGUGUAGUAUCAGCUCCUGUUUGGUGUCUCCUCCCCACUGUUAUUGCCAGCUGCCAUUUGGUUCAUCUUCCUCCAUUUAAGCAAUUGUACUGACAACUGCUGUUGUCUUCCAGGUUACCAAGACUAGCUUGGGGAGCUUCACAUAUUCCACUGACACUAAAGACUCCCUUAAGUUUAUGAGUUACUUCAUCAGUAGCUUAGUGAAGCCUUUUUGUUUUUCACAAUAAAGUUGUUAUUUUCCAA